AUGGAGGAAGAGAGCAGCGCCAGCGUGCACGCGAAGGAGGUUACGCGCCUGGAUUACGAACUGGCCGAAGACGAGGUCAAGAUCUCCCUCGACCGUUUCCGUUUGGAAUACACAAAUGACGACGGCAGCCCCAACCGUUCGAAGAUGCAGUUUUCCGCCCGUCCCUCCGAGUCGAUGAUCAAGAAAUUCACCCCGCCACCAACCCCCUCCAACCCCGACCCUGCCCCGGAAUGCGGCACCAUCUGGGUCGAGUUCUGCCCGGAAAAGGCGUCGAUUGGCAUCAACGUCAUGAAGAAAUUUGUUGAGCACUGCGGCACCAACAACUUCAAGGCCGGCAUCCUCGUAACCGCCGUGGCCCUCUCCGCCCAGGCCCGCAAGGUCAUGACCGUCACCUCCCAGUACACCCUCAUCGAGUGCUUCCUCGAGGAGGACCUCCUCGUCAACAUCACCCACCACGAGCUGGUGCCUAAGCACGUCCUGCUCAGCCGCGAGGAGAAGACCGCCCUGCUCAAGCGCUACCGCCUCAAGGAGACCCAGCUGCCGCGCAUCCUGUCCAAGGACCCCAUCGCACGCUACCUGGGGCUUAAGAAGGGUCAAGUUGUCAAGAUUAUACGGACGAGUGAGACCGCGGGGCGGUAUGCUAGUUAUCGGCUGUGCGUAUGA